CCAACUGGGCAUAUUGAAACCUAGUCCUGUACAGGAGAAUUGCAUCCCGCCCAUCCUGGAAGGUGAGAUUAGUGAAUGCGAAUAUGAUUCUUCGCGAUUAAGGGGGCAGAUUAUCUGAGUUGUCCAGGGUGAGCAAGUCAUCUACAUAAGUGUUACAAAUCAUCUGAAAAACCAGUGAUCAAAAGGCCGAGACUGCAUGGGAUGUGCAAAGACUGGCAGUGGAAAAACAGCUGCCUUUGUGCUGCCUAUUCUCCAAAAACUCUCUGAGGAUCCCUUUGGAAUAUUUUGCCUGGUUCUGACACCAACUCGAGAACUCGCAUAUCAGAUUGCAGAACAAUUUCGGGUCCUAGGGAAGCCACUGGGCUUGAAGGAUUGCAUUAUUGUUGGUGGAAUGGAUAUGGUAGCACAAGCUCUGGAGUUGUCCAGAAAGCCACAUGUUGUGAUAGCCACACCAGGCCGACUGGCUGACCACAUCCGGAGUUCAAACACUUUCAGCAUCAAGAAGAUUCGUUUCUUGGUGCUGGAUGAAGCUGAUCGGCUGCUAGAACAAGGCUGCACAGAUUUCACCCAGGAUUUGCAGGUGAUUCUUGAAGCUGUCCCUGCGCAACGCCAGACCUUGUUAUUCAGCGCAACCCUUACAGACACCCUGCAGGAACUCAAAACUAUUGCCAUGAACAAGCCCUUUUUUUGGGAGUCAACCUCAGAGGUAAGAACAGUGGAGCAGUUAGACCAGCGAUACAUCCUAGUGCCUGAGAAGGUUAAGGAUGCCUAUUUGGUACAUCUUAUUCAGAAAUUUCAGGAUGAACACGAAGAUUGGUCCAUCAUGAUCUUCACUAACACCUGCAAAACCUGCCAAAUCCUAAAUAUGAUGCUACGUGAAUUUAGCUUCCCCUCUGUUGCUCUGCACUCUAUGAUGAAACAAAAACAAAGAUUUGCUGCUCUUGCCAAGUUCAAGUCGAGUGUUUUCAAGAUUCUUAUUGCAACUGAUGUGGCAGCUAGGGGCCUGGAUAUACCUACUGUCCAGGUUGUAAUCAAUCACAAUACUCCCGGCCUGCCAAAGAUCUACAUUCACCGGGUGGGGCGCACAGCAAGAGCAGGAAGGAAUGGAAUGGCAAUAACAUUAGUCACACAGUAUGAUAUUCAUCUGGUACAUGCAAUUGAAGAGCAAAUCAAUAUGAAACUGGAGGAGUUUAAAGUGAAGGAAAGUGAAGUGCUGAAAAUUUUAACCCAGGUGAACGUGACCCGACGGGAAUGUGAAAUAAAACUGGAAUGCACAGACUUUGAUGAGAAAAAAGAGAUAAACAAGAGGAAACAGCUUAUCCUGGAAGGAAAGGACCCUGAUCUGGAAGCUAAAAGGAAGGCAGAACUUGAGAAAAUAAAGAAGCAGAAGAAGAAAUUCAAGGAGCACAUUCAGGAGACCAUGCAAAAGAAGAGAGAAGCUCAAGUGCGGAGGAAGCUAAAGAAGAAACGUCUUCGUCAGGAGAAGAAGGCUGCUAAGGCUCCUCAAUGACAAGCUGCUGGGAUCAGGCUCGUGCCUUUAAUUUCUCUGUUUAGCUGGACUUAUGAUUUGGGUCCUUACUCCCAACAACAAACAUGGGCUGAGCUCGGCCCUUUUACACAGGACUAAGGUUAAGACUUAGCAAAGACUUUAAUUCGAACAAGGGCAAAUAGCACUGCACCCAGUGAUUGUCAUAUCACUCUCUACCUUGCUGAUUAAUGUUUCUGCUUCCCAGCCUAUAACUCUCUUAUGGCUUCGGAUGCUUGCCUUUUUCUUAGGAAAUCUGGCACACCAACAUAUGUUCAAGACUGGCAGUCAUCACAUUAGGAGGUUACACUGGGAAAAGACUACAGGAAAUGAAAAAUAUAUUCUUUAAAUGACAGCUGGUAACUAAAAGUUUUCUCAAUAUGUCUUUGUUUGCUGGUUUCUUGCUAAUAUGGGUAAUGAGGCAGAUCAGUGAUAAAAUAAUGAAGAGGUUUUAUUAGAACUAAGUUAAGUGUAUUCCGAAACCCUUUUGGAAAGUGCAGAUUAUUGAGAAUGGGAUAUCUCACUCCAGGUGCUAUGAGAAAGUUAUAGCCUAAAUUUCAGUGCAACACGAUGAUGCAUAAAUAAGGAGUGCUACACAGUGUCUGGGUAAAUACAGCUAGAAAAUGGUUCUGUUUUCAGCAUGAAGUGAAAUUAAACACACUAGACUAUCUCUAAUGUUGCACGGGAGGGUAAAGAUAUAAUCAAUGAACUGAUAAUGCCUACAAAUGUUCUGGUAGUAAAUAUAAGUACAAAGUGAGAACAGGCACCAAUAUGGACAGAGUUUUAAAAGUUUAAACUGAGGGAUCCAAACCUUCAACCCAUAUUUUUACAACCCCUUUUAUUAUAUAUUGAGAGCUUGUAAAUUGGGCACGUUUGGUCAGAUUCUGUAGUAAUAUACAUGACAAUGCCAGAUGACUUCAUAAGAACUGGUUUCUCUGGAUGUAAUUUAUCAAACUCCAAUUAAUUGAAAUUGCCAGAAAAUAUUAUACCUGAUUCAUUAACUAUUAAGUUGCCACUCUUUUACAAGAGAUCUUUGCUAGGUAGUACAAGUGGUCUGGAAGCCAAAGGAGAGUCCAUCUAUGUUUGCUGUAUUUGGUUGUAGGGAAUGGAAUGUUACUUGUCAAGAUGGAAAGUGCUAGCUGCAAAAUAACAGUGUAGCAAGUUUUAUGUAAAGAUUGAUCUGUAAGACAUUUCCAUUCAAACAGACCUUCACAUUAAAGAACUCUGCUUGGCAAUUAGAAAGUCAUUUUGAAUUAUAAUCUUUAGUUCUGACCUCAUGCCAGCAAGCAAACAGCAGUGUAAUUGAUCCAGCUUAAGUUCUGAAUGUGAGUUCUGAAAAACCUGAUUGUGUUCAGGUUUGAAGAUAUGUGUAUAUUUGCCGUGUGAACAGGUGCAAAUGUAGGUGCAAGGAAGGGGUGCAUUGCAGACCAUGUUUGCUACUGCCUCUUAAUGCUUGUGUACUACAGUGUCUGGGAUGUCCCUCGGCUUUCCAGAGAGUCUGUGACCCCCACUGUAGAGAGCAGAGGAACUUCAAGUCCCACAAUCCACCACAAUGAAACAAGGUGAGCGGGGGUUGCAUUACACUUAGAGCUUAAGUGUCCACCUAAUCACAGAGACACACUGUCAUGGUUUUCUUUCAGUUGUGGAAUCAGGUAUGUCUGUGUAAAAAUAAAAUACAUUUAUAUUUA